GUUCACCAUUGUUUUCUAGUUGAGAUAAAGAAAUUGAUAAGUUUAAUGUAAUUUUUAUUCGUAUUGUUUUGUUAAUUUUACUGUGGGGAAAUAAAAUAUUAAAACAGAUAUACUAAUUCUACAAUUUAGUGAUUAUAGUGAACGAAAGGAUUCUAAAUUCUAACUCUUUCGAGGUGAUGCGAAUCUGUGAAUCCAACAUCUGUUUAUUUAUUUAAGAAAGCGACCUUGUGUUGUAAAAAUAAACGACGAGUCGAAAACAAGACGAGAGGAAUUUAGUAUUUUUAUUGUAGAGGCAGUCAUUCCGGCGCAGUUUACAUAAGAUUCGUUAAAGAGGGUUUUUUUGUUUUUUAUUCAUCGAUGUGAGACCAAUACUUAGAAGUGACUGUUUGUACUUUUCUUUGCAAAAUCUCUCUAUUAUGAUUACAAUUGGACUGAUUCCAUUGCUAUGGCUGAGGAUAUUAGUAAGCCACCUCAAAAACAGUACGAUUACCUGCUAAAGUUCCUCUUAGUGGGUGAUAGCGACGUAGGAAAACAAGAGAUUCUUUCAGAUCUAGACGACGGAGCAUCAGAGAGCCCUUUCUGUAGUGGCAGCGGUAAGUCCUACAAAACCACAACGAUACUCUUAGAUGGUAAAAGGGUGAAACUUCAAUUGUGGGACACCUCCGGGCAAGGUCGUUUUUGUACCAUAAUUCGUAGCUAUUCGAGAGGUGCGCAGGGUGUUCUUCUCGUUUACGAUAUUACCAAUCGAUGGUCAUUUGAUGGACUAGAUAGGUGGUUGAAGGAAGUUGACGAACAUGCACCCGGAGUUCCUAAAGUUCUGGUGGGAAAUCGCCUGCAUCUGGCAUUUAAUAGGAAAGUAGGGCAGAGGGAUGCCCAGAUAUACGCCAACAAGCAUAGCAUGGCAUUCUUCGAGGUGUCUCCUUUGUGUAAUUUCAACAUACACGAGAGUUUCUGUGAGUUGUCACGCAUGGCCCUGCAGAGAAAUGGCAUGGAAAGACUUUGGAGGUCCAACAAAGUUCUGAGCCUCCAAGAACUGUGCUGUAGGGCCAUAGUGGCCCGAACCACGGUUUAUAGCAUCGAGCAGCUACCCUUGCCGACUUGCGUGAAGUCCCACCUGAAAUCUUACGCUCUCACAUCCACUUCCACGCAGCUGAGGUACACACACAGUCAGAAAAAGGGCCACGGGGGACGCAAGUUGCGUUUCACGAGCACCCCGACGUCGCCAGGCGCUGCCAUGGAUGGUAGAACGAGUUGCGUACCCCGUAACUCUUGCUCCAUAUCUUGACGCUGCCUCGUGGGUGCUUUCUCGGUGGGAGCGAUGCUGUUGUGGGGGACAUUGAGACGCUGGGGGGAUGGGGGACCUUGAGCAAAAUCGAGGUUUCUUUUAAUUUUAAUCCAGUUCAAGGAGUGUUUUAUUUUAUUUUGCAGGAUGCUGAUAGCUGAGCAGUGAAUAAAAUGAGGAUUUGAUUUGGUUUGUUUUGUGUUAUUCGGAACGUUGUUGAGAAAAAAUGAGAUAUUAAUGUAAUCCUUUUUUCUUCCAGUAAUGUUGAACAAGUAUUAGUUGCAACAUGUACUGGGUUGGCUGAAUUCGACAUUUUUGGGGUGGUUGCUCUAUUUAUGGAAAAGGUGGAGGUAGGAAAAAAGUUGAGCAUUUUUCAAUUUUCGUUUCGUUUUUAAAUAUUUAAUUUUUGCAAUUAGGUUACUUUCGUACUGCCUUUUUGUGCUUAGAAUCCAAAGGCAUAUGUCAUAUAUUUCUAUAACUUCCGGUUUUUCAAUUAUAACACAAAAGUAUUUUAUUAAAGAAUAUUCUUAUGUAUACGGGAUGUUCAAGUAUGUUGACACACACUUUAAGCAAACAUAAACAUGUAUAAACAAUUAAUAGUUUUUAAGAUACAAAGUGGUCAAAUAAAUAAAUAUGUUCUUUUAAAAAAUAUGAGAAUUAUCCAAAUUAUUAAAAAAAAAAUAAUAAUAAAAGUUCUUCUAAUUGAAGAGUCGGAAGUGUCGGAAAAAUAUCAUGUGAGCUGUGCAAAAAUCACGUCACAAAAAUCAACUAUUUCUACAAACAAAAAAAAUUAUAGAUUGUAGCAGAAAAAGUAAAAAAUUGAAAAGCGUAGAAUAGAUUUUAAGGUGUGGUUUUUGCUUUGAAUUUCCCUUGAAUACAGAGCCGUUUUUUAAAUCUUUUCAGGUAAAUAGGAGACGCCCUCCCAAAGCGUCGAAUUUAGUCGACCCCGUAAAGCAAAGGCGGCUUGGUAAAUAUUUUUGUUAGGGAAGAGUGGGGUAAAUUCUUAUUUUGGAUAUAAGCUGUGAUAAACUGAUUAGAUGUGAAAAGUUGUAGUUUAUAGGGAAGAACAUAGAAUACUUCUACUAUUGCUUUCGUAUUAAUUCUAUAAAAAAUUAAAAUAGACAAAAAUUGGUGAAUCGUCAUUCGUGUGAUUUUUAUACCUUUUGGUUUUAGACCGACCAAAAUAACUCAUUUAGAGGGAAAAAAAAAGAAAAUUGUUACCUGGACUUUCAUAAGUGGAAAUGGUA